AGGAGGAAGAGGAGGGUGACACUGAGACUGUAUGGUGCGGAGGAAGAAGCGGCUCAUCCUUCUGUUUCCUCAGCAGUCUGCUCUCAGGUUUUCUACGAAAGUGGAGCUGCAUCCCCAGCGUUGGCAGCAUGCUGAACAUCCCGAGCCAGUCGUUCCCGGCGCCCAGCUCCCAGCAGCGGGUCUCCCCGUCCGGACAGUCCGGGAGGAACAAGGUGGCCCUGAAGCCGGGCCACAGUCUGAUGGACUGGAUCCGCUUCGCCAAAAGUGGAAAAGACCUGACCGGGCUCCGAGGGCGCCUGAUUGAAGUGACCCAGGAUGAGCUGCAGAAGCACAACAAGAGGGAGGACUGCUGGACCUGCAUACGAGGCAUGGUUUACAAUGUGACGCCCUACAUGGACUACCAUCCAGGUGGAGAAGAGGAGCUGAUGAAGGCAGCAGGAAUAGACGGCACUGACCUCUUUGACCAGGUCCAUCGCUGGGUCAACUAUGAGUCCAUGUUAAAAGAGUGCCUGGUAGGACGAAUGGCUACUAAGGUCGCAACACCCGCUAAAGCCAUCAUCCCGCCUCCAUCACCAUCGGGCCUUGCUCCGCCUGCUGCAGGGCCUCCUCCACCAAACAAAGACUCUCGGCCUCGGUAUGACUGGUUUCAAACCGAUGCAACGGUCCACCUGGUGGUGUAUGCCAAACGAAAGAUCCCCAGCUCAGGAUGUGUGACCGUUGACCUGAAAGCAGGAACGCUCCGGCUGGAAGCUCUGCUUGGCAAGCUGUCCUACAUGAUACACUUACGUCUCGCUGGUGAGGUUGAAGAAAACGUUUCUGUACACUAUGCUUUCUCUGUGGGAAAGAUCCAGGUCACCAUGCACAAACCUAGUGAAGGAAAAUGGACAAGUCUUGGUCAGCCGCUGGAGUUUCAUAACACAUUUCUAUGCAAAAAAGACAGAGGUCUAUUCUAUCGGGAUUGUACACUGGUGUCUAAAACGGAGGUGAAUCAUAACACCCAUGUUUUUAGGCUGCAGUGUCCACGAGGGACUGUCCUGCACGUGCCUGUUGGAAAACACGUCUACCUCAAAGCCCUCAUCGAAGGUGCUGAGAUAGUGAGGCCAUACACUCCAGUGGAUCAGGACCUGCUUGCAGCUUCCCGUCCUUCCUCACAUGACUCAGACGUCUACCUCAUGAUUAAAGUCUACCCUGACGGAGUCUUUACUCCAUAUCUCAAUAGCUUGCAGAUCGGUGAAACGAUCUCUGUGGGCGGUCCAGAUGGUCCCUUCAGCCUCCGCCCACUUCGUGAUGUCACACACCUCUACCUGUUGGCAGCAGGCACAGGACUGACACCAAUGGCUCGUCUCCUCAGCCUGGUCCUACGGGAAAUGGACUCCAUCAGCACCACAAAGCUGCUGUUUUUCAACAAACGGGAGGAGGACAUUCUGUGGCGCUGCCAACUGGACGAUCUGGCAGCUGCUGAGGAACGCUUUCAGGUGGAGUACAUCCUCUCAGAGCCGUCUGACAGCUGGAGCGGCAGGAAGGGCCGGGUGGAUGAGGCUACGCUGAGCCAGCUUCUGACCAGGCCAGCUGGGUCCAGGUGCUACGUGUGUGUGUGCGGUCCGUCUGCCUUCACACAGCUAGCCACAGGGCUGCUGAAGAAGCUCGGCUUCAGUGAAGAGGAAUGCCACGCCUUCCAGGGCUGACGAGCUCCAUCACCCAGAAGAAACGGCGUCUCCGAGAUGGAAGAACACGGAGCAAGUUGUUUGUGAGACAAGAAAAGGUCAGCAUGUUCCUAAGCACCGAGGACACGAGGGUGCAGCCUGCAGCAAGCACUCGGCCCGGCCAGGGAGAGCUCCUAAAGGCAAUAAUUCAGCCGUGGUGCAGCGGGACAUGGACAUCAGGACGUCAGUGAUGGAACACGCUUAAAUGAAUGGAACUUUGUGACAGUCAUUGCAAUAAAAGUACGAUUUACAUGAAGAAAAAUAUCUUUAUGUAACAUGUAAAGACAAACAGAUUCUUUCACAGCAGAGGAUUUUCAUGUGACUAGUCAGUCCUUCGCUAUGGUUUGUGUGAUUAGGACUGUUUCUAUAAGCCUUAGAGUUGACUGACUCAGGCCUUUUUUUCUUUUAGUCAGGUUUAUCUUUACUAAAUAAAAGUGUGCGCAAAUUAGA